GAAGUUACCAUGCCAUUGGCUGCAUACUGCGGGCAGAAUCGUACGCUGAUGGUUUCGUGUGCCAGGAGAAAUGGUAAAAUUACCGGCGUCGACGUUUUGUUCCAAACGCAGAAUGGAAACGCUGCCUCACGAAUCAGCGGCGAGCUAGAGAUAGUGGAAGUCUCAAGAACGAUAUCGUUUGGAGAUUCUGUUGCCAAAGUGUUAUCGGCGCUAGGAGCUCCUUCGAAAGUGUUUUACAAGUCAGAAGACAAAAUGUCUAUACAUCGUGGAGGAUGCAAAGAGACACUUAGCCCUCAGCCACACUUCUUUUUCAACUACUUCUCCAUGGGUCUGGUUUUCCGAUUUUACCUAAAGUGCGGUUAUGCAUACAAUGAGGAUGGAACCGUGGGCAUUUGCACAGUCAUAAAACCACUCUCGGAGUCGUUCUUCCAGCUUUCUUAUCUGAAAUUGAUUCCUCAAAUCUUGAUCAUAUCCGACUUUCUCAUUUUGAUGCAAUAG